AUGAGGACUACAGACGACGGACAACAUCGUAGACCCUUCCCAAAGCGAUCACGGUCGCCUCGUGACGAUCAUGAUGUGAAGCGUCGUCGCUCGCGGUCGCCAUACCGCCAUUCAAAGCACCACCGCAGCCCGCCAGCGGACGACAUCCGUCUGCCGUUCGGUGUGCACCUACUGCACAAGCGUGACCUCUCAGCGUACACGGCAUUGUUCGCCGAGUACCUCGAUAUUAACAAGCGUAUUGACAUUGAGAGGCUUGACGAAUAUGAAUUGAAGGGACGGUGGAAAAGUUUCCUGGGCAAAUGGAAUCGCGGUGAGCUUUCAAAGGGAUGGUAUGAUCCGGAGGCGAAGAGAAGGGCGGACGCUCGCCACACCGUAGGUCCAGCCGUGCCGACUCUCCAAGACUUACAAGUGAGACAAGAGAUGGUAAAAGAAGAUCUGCAAUUGCUUGCUACCGACCGCCGAAACGAGCGACAGCAAGAGCGCAAAGCCCAGAAAGAGCGGCUCAAAGAGCUCGCACCGCGCGCACAGCCUGGCUCGAAGGAAAGACAGAUCGAGCGGAAACGAGAGACUGCUGCAGCGAAUCGCGCAUUCCGUGAUGCCAAAGAGAGUGGAGAUGCGGAGGUGGGAGAGGGUGAGCUGAUGGGUGAUGCUGGUCUGGAUAGCUACAAAGCUAAGCUCAAGGCAAUGGAGCGGCAGAAGAACGAACGGGAAAUAAGAAAGGAGGAAGUGCUGCGUGCUCGCGCUGCGGAGAGGGAGGAGCGUCUAGCGGUGCAUCGAGCUAAAGAGGAGAAGACUGUCCAGAUGCUGAAGGAGCUUGCGCGACAGAGGUUUGGCUGA